GCAGCUGUUGGUGGCCAUGCUGUGCAGCGUUUGAUAUAUGCAGUAGCAUACGACCAUCAGCUUGAUGACAAUAAUUCCAGUGAUGUAUAAUUAAUAGAAACAAGGGGAAACAGCCUACUUGUGAAGCUGAGCAGCUAUGGAGCUACCACACCCAGAUAGAAGACUCAACACCGUCAUUUUCGUCCUCCAUAAAAGAGCCAACCUGCAGCUAGUCUGCUCUCCCUGUUUUUCAACUUCGCCACACUUCCUGACUUCCUGUGUCACUGAAUCUCCGGGUCACUCAGCGGAAUGGCUGCGUUCCUGCGAGCCCGCUGAAGAAAAUACAGAUGUGGCAGGUAUGAUUGAGGAUGAAGAUGAAGGUUCAGAUGACCCAAACCUUCAGCUGGAGCUCAAUGCGUUCAGAGCUCAGUGGAUGUCUGAGCUCAAGCCGAGCUCUGGAGCAAGUGGAUUAAGUGGCCGACUGCUGCGAGCUAAAGGUCUAAAGAGGACACAAGAUAUUGCCAGGGAGGAGAAAGCCACAGAGCUGUUCUUGAGAGCUGUUCAGGAAGAGCAGAAUGGAGCCGUUUAUGAGGCUAUCAAGUUCUAUCGCAUGGCUGUGCAGCUUGUACCUGACAUUGAGUUUAAAAUCAACUACAGCCGUCCUGCUGAUGCAGACCGAGUUGGAGGAAACUACGUGGAGGACAAUAAUGUUGAUGAGAUAGAGGAUCUACUUGCCUACUUUGAGCAGCAGCUCAAUGUGGAAAGCUCAUUUCCAAAGAUCUGCACUCCUGAGUUGGAUUUGACUCAGAUGCACAUUUCAGCCUUGCCACGGGAAAUCAUGAUGUACAUAUUCCGUUGGGUCGUGUCGAGUGAUCUUGACAUGCGAGCCCUGGAGCAGCUCUCUCUGGUUUGCCGGGGGUUUUACAUCUGUGCAAGGGACCCUGAGAUUUGGCAUUUAGCCUGUUUAAGAGUGUGGGGACGGAACUGCACCAAACUUGUACCCUUCAAAUCCUGGAGGGAGAUGUUCCUGCGAAGGCCUCGUGUGCGUUAUGAUGGUGUUUAUAUCAGCAAGACCUCAUACAUUCGUCAAGGAGAGGAAUCGUUGGAUGGAUUUUACAGGGCUUGGCAUCACGUUGAGUACUACAGGUACCUCCGGUUCUUCCCUAGUGGCCAAGUCGUCAUGCUGACCACCCCUGAGGAGCCUCUGGCCGUUGUUCCUCGCUUGCGUACAAAGAACAUCAGAAUGGAUUCUGUUAUGCUCGGCCAUUUCCGUCUGUCGCAGGAGACGGACAAUCAAACCAAAGUUUUUGCUGUGGUCUGCAAGAAAAAGGAGGAGAAAGCGACCGAGUUUCAAAGGAAUCGGUUCUGCAGGCGGAACCCAGCUCCAGAGGCUGAGCACAGCUUCCAUGUGGGACUGCAUCUGUCCUCUGGGGGGCGUCAGAUGUUCAGUAAGCUCGAGUGGAUUCACCACUCCUGCCACAUCAAUUACAAGCUGACUGGGGAAACGGUCAUCACAGCGUUUGACGUGGACAGCAAGUACACACCCUUCUUCUUUGCCCGUGUGAAGAGUUACACUGCUUUCUCAGAGCAGCCUCUUUAAGCUUGGAGACAGCAAAAGUUCAUCCACCAUUUUAACAACCUGCAUACUGCUCUGCUUUUUUAAUUUGUGCUGCAGCUCGUUCACGGUGUUAAAGGUCCUAUGACAUGCUGCUUUUUGGAUGCUUUUAUAUAGGCCUCAGUGGUCCCCUAAUACUAUAUCUGAAGUCUCUUUCCCGAAAUUCAGCCUUGGUGCAGAAUUACAG